AUGGCAGAUAAGACUCCAGUUCCAGCCUCGGAGAUUGAGCACGUACAUUCUGAGAUGGAUGUUCCCCCCGAGCUCGAGAAGACCCACGUCGAAGAAGAGCGGAAACUAGUGCUCAAGAUUGAUUUGCGCAUCCUGCCGUAUCUCUCGGUCAUCUUUGGCUUGUCUCUGCUUGAUCGGAUCAAUGUUUCGGCCGCAUAUAUUGCAGGGAUGAGCAUUGAUAUCGAACUCGCGGUCGUUGAAGAGGCCCCCCCUUCUUCCCGAAUUUUUUAUACCGUGUCUGUUGACCUAGGAUGGAUGGAUGGGUGGAUUAUUCGACGAGUCGGCGCCAGAUGGUGGCUGAGCUUCCUGAUCACUGCCUGGGGUAUCUGCGUCAUGUGCCUGGGGUUUAUACAAAGCUGGGUCCCAUUGGUCGUCCUCUGCGUUCUCUUGGGAGCGUUCGAGGCCGGUUUGUUUCCGGGGGCGGUCUUCCUGAUCUCUGCAUGGUACAAGACAUAUGAAACGGCACGAAGAGUGUCAUGGUUUUAUAUGGCCUCGCUGAUGGCUUCUGGGUUCAAUGGUAUUAUUACAUAUGGCCUGUCGGUGAUCAGGUCUGGAAGUGGCACCUAUCGGCAAGGGUGGAGAUGGAUAUUCUUGAUCGAAGGCGCCAUUACAAUAUUUUGCGGCUUGAUAGGCUUCUCCACAAGUUUGCGGUUUGGACCGUCCUGUGCUGACUCUCUAUUGGCAAUUCCGGAACACAGCAAAUGGCUCAACGAGAGGGAGAGGCAUAUCGCCACCGUCCGACUUGCCAACGAGCGCUCGGGCAGAGAGUACGAGCAUCCAACCCUCAGGCAAGGCUUAAGACUCCUUAUGGACUGGAAACUUGCUUUCUACUGCCUCCAGGCCUACCUGGGCGCGUGCAGUGUAUAUGCAUUGGGCUACUACACACCAAUAGUUCUUCGUCAGGGAUUGGGAUUCAACUACGCCUUGGCCCAGAUCUUGUCGAGUCCGCCAUAUAUACUGACUGUUUUUCUCUCCCUCCUGACAUAUUGGUUGUCGGACAAGACGAAACUACGCUGGCCGUUUCUAUGCUUCCACGCCUUGGUCGGACUUGUUGGGCUCGUCAUCGUCCUCUGCGCUAAGCCACCCGGGGUUCGCCUCUUUGGGGUUUUCCUGGCGAUAUUUGGCACCAACGCCAAUGUGCCAGGAAAUCUGACUUAUGGACAAGGCCAGACCGCUCUACCACACAAGAAAGGUCUGGUGGUGGCGGCCCAGGUCGGGUUUGGUUCUAUUGGGGGAAUUACCGGCUCAACCAUCUUCAGAUCGCAGGAUGCGCCACAGUACUUCCCUGGGAUCUUGUGGUUGACAAAAAGAAACCGUGACGCGGAUGAAAAGGGGGAGAUCCUCGAAAAAGUGGAAGGAUUUAG